AUGCCUUUUUUAGACAAGUGCUGUGUCGAAAAUUGUAUGGGAAUAUCUAAAAGUAGAUUUAGUGUUCCUAAACUUUCCCAUGAAAAAUGGGAAAAAGCUUUAGGAAAAGUUUUAAAUAAAAGGUCUAGAGUUUGUGGAGACCACUUUGAGCCACAAGACAUUAUAAAUACUUGGGUAUCAGGCGAAGGAAGUAGCAAGUACACCAUAUGUUUAAAAAAGCCUCGUUUGAGGUCUGGAGCUGUACCUCUACUCUAUUAA